AGGGGCCUCUAGGGCGGUGCUGGGUUGUGAUUGGUUGGUUUCCGCGGUGGGCGGGGCUAAGGCAGCGCGCGAAGACUCGAAGCGGUUUCCUACGCGGCCUGGGCCAUGGCGGAGGCGGCGGCGGCGCCCGCUGAGCUGGAAGGUCCCGGCUCGGCCGAGCAGAAGAGCCCCGACAGCGACUCGGACAGCGGGCAGGGCAGCUGCGAGACGGCCUCGCCACGGCUCCUCCUGGCCGGGACAGCGGCUCGCGGUGACGGAGAUUCAGAGGAAGAGAUUUUUGUGAGUAAAAAAGGAAAAAACAAGAAGGUGCUUCAAGACAGUGAAAGUGAAGAUGGAGAGGAUGGUGGCACUCCUGUGCAGAAUGACACUCUGGGUGGAGACAUAGAAAGUGGAGAGGAAAAAGAGAAUAUUCUUGUCCAGAAGAACAAAAAAUCUCGUCGGAUUCGCCAGCUUCUGCUGGAUAGUGAUGACAGUGACACUGGAGACCAUUUGCAGAUUGAAAACCUUGAAACAAGCAGAAAGACUGUCUUGCCUGAGAAGGAUUUGGAAGAGGAGAGUCCGCUGAAAUCUGGGAAAAAAUACAGAAAACAUGAAAACAAUUAUGAAGAAGAGACGACUAAAAAAACUGUAGUAAGAUCUAGGAGGAAGGAGAAGGAGAGGGAGAGAAGAAUUGCAUCCAUCAAACAGCUGAAAAAAGAAAAGAAGCCUAGAGCAGAGGUGGAUGACGGUGAGACACAUCCUUUUAAUGACAGUGGCUGUCUUCUUGAUGACAAAGAACUCUUCGAUAAUGGCUUAGAAGAGGAAAAUGCUUCGCUCCCAGAGGAUGAAGAGUCAAUAGAAUCGAUACGGGCGGCAGUGAAAGACAAAAUAAAAAAAUAUAAGGGUGAAGGCUACAAACAUGUAUCUGAUGCCGAGAAUGAGGAUCCUAUAUCAAAAGAACCAAAAAGGAAGGAGCGGAAAGCAGCAAGGUUAAGUAAAGAAGCCAUUAAACAGUUACAUAGUGAGACCCAACGACUUAUUAGAGAAUCAUCUGUGUCUCUCCCAUACCACGUGCCUGAGGCCAAAAGCGUUCAUGAAUUCUUCAAGCGUCGACAUCGACCAAUGUGUGAAGGAAAUGCCAUGGCAUUGCUGAAGUCCACUAACUACCAGAUCACCCUGAAUGAAGAACCUGCAGGCACUAAGACCUUAAGUGCAGAUUGCAAAGAUGGGCAAACAAGAGGUGGUCAGUCAGCAACUAAUGAAUCAGAAACAAGCCUUGGCAGAGAUACGGCUGUGAACAAACCUCUCCCUGAUGCAGCGGAGAACUCUACAGAAGACUGUACUGAAAAACCUCGAGAGAAUGAUGAUGAUUCUCCUACUGUUAAGACUGUAACAACUGUGAGUAAUGCAGAAGAACAACAGCACUCUAACUUCCAAAGCACUGACAGCAGUGAACAAAAAGAGAAUGAAAUUCCUGUAGCAGUUGGAGGCAAUGCCCUUGAGCAAAGACAUGAAACAGCACCGGGCCUAGAAAGCAAUCAACAAGUGGGGCCUGGAUUGGUGGCACAACCUGAAAAAGUGAGGAGGUCCAAACUGGAUAAACUUCGUGAACUGGGAAUAGACUUGACCAUCAAGCCAAGAAUCUGCUCUGACAGUGAAUCCUUCAUAAACCUCGACGAAUCUGAUUCAAAUAAAGAAUUAGAAGCCUUGAAAGCACGUUUCUUGAAGCACACUCUUCAAACAUCGAAACCCAAAGCUGAACGGACCAUAAACAUCAACAUUAUUCGUAAGGAGACAACAUCUGAAGGGAAAGAGGAGCUAAAAGCAGACGUGGUGCCAGCAGUAUUAGUUUCAGAGAGUGUGGAUGAAACAGUGCACACAAAGCCAGGUGAAAAGCUACAAGUGCUGAAGGCUAAACUCCAGGAGGCCAUGAAGCUCCGCAGGAUUGAGGAACGCCAGAAACGGCAAGCAUUGUUUAAACUGGAUAAUGAGGACAUGCUGGAAGAAGAGGAGGAGGAGGAGGAAGAGAUGACAGAUGAGUCUGAGUCUGAAGAAGAAGAAGGCAAUCAUGAGACUCUGGAAUAUCUGCUUGAUGAGGCAGAGGAAGACGAUGAUGAUGAUUCAGAAGAGAAACACGUUGAAGAUGGUGAUAAAGAAACUGACAAAGAAUCAAUAGAUGGAGAAAAGGUGGAGCAAUCUGUGCAUUGUGCUUCUGUUCCUAAACCACCUUCAACAGAGUCUACAUUGAUGCUUUUUAAGGACAGCUCCUCCAAAAUGGGAUACUCUCUUCCUGAAGAGAAACUUGAAAAUGAAGAAGCUGCAGACAAGGGAUCUACCAAGUUAGAAGAUGAUGAUUCCUUUUCUCUACCAACGCCAGCAAAAGAGAAUAGCCAUAACAGCAGCUUUGAGUUGAUCGGCUCCAUGAUUCCAUCGUAUCAGCCCUGUAACAAACAGAUGUCACGUGGAGGGAACUUCUUAUCUGCAGCAGGAGGUUUCAGGUCACCUUCCCCAGGCUUUUUCAAAACAAGCUUUAUCAGCUCUGCUUCUAAGAGCUCAGGAAAGAUGUCUGAACCCUCCCUUCCUAUAGAAGACUCCCAGGACCUGUAUAAUGCUUCUCCUGAACCCAAAAGUUUAUUUCCAGGGGCUGGAGAGUCACAGUUUCAAUUUUCUCUGGAAGAUGACACUCAGAGCCAGCUGCUUGAUGCAGAUGGGUUCUUGAAUGUUGGACAACAUAGGAAUAAAUACCAGUCCUCAAAGCAUCAGCUCACUCUAGCUAGUAUGGAUGAGAACGCAAUGGAUGCAAACAUGGAUGAAUUGUUGGACUUGUGUUCUGGACAGUUCACCAGUCAAGCUGAACAUGUGCCAAAUACCAGCAGCAACAAAAAGCAGCCCAUGGAAGAAUUGCUCAAUCUUUGCUCAGGAAAAUUUGUGUCUCAGACAGGUUCUCCAACAUGGGCUUCAUCAGCAUCUUCCAAGGCAGAAAAAGACAGUGACAUAGAAGAUCCAAUGGCAGAAGCACUAGCGCUUUGUUCAGGCUCUUUUCCCACAGACAGGGAGGAGGAGGAUGAGGAGCAAGAAGAACUUGGUGAUUUUCAGCUAUUAACAGAUGACAACGCCUUUGAUAGUGAAGAGGAUGAAAAAAGCAGAGACAGUGAUGCUGAAGAAGCAGAAAUAAGUGAUGAAGAAGAACAAUUGCUGAGACGUAGACAGGGCUUGAAAAAGAAACUAAACCUGCAGGAUUUCAUGGAAGAUGAAGCUGAGCUGUCAGGGAGUGACGUGGGAAGUGAGGAUGAAUACGAUGGCGAAGAGCUGGAUGAGUAUGAAGAAGAGAUUAUUGAUGAGGAACUCCCAAGUGAAGCGGAAUUAGGAAAUCAAGUACAGAAAUUACACAUGAAGGUAGUGCUUGAUGAUGACAAGCGACAGUUACGCUUGUACCAAGAGAGGUACCUCAUCGACGGUGACCUGCACAGCGAUGGCCCUGGCAGAAUGAGGAAAUUCAGAUGGAAAAACAUAGAUGAUGCUUCACAGGUUGACUUGUUUCAGAGGGAUUCAGAUAAUGAUGAUGAAAAUGAACAGUUUGAUGAAACUGAAGUGAAAUGGAGGAAAGAACGAUUUGAACGAGAACAGUGGCUUCGUGAGCAGAAGGAAAAAAAUGAGGAGGAGGAGGAAGACAUUGGUGAAGACAGCCAAUUCAUGAAACUAGCAAAAAAAGUAACUGCUAAGUCCCUACAGAAGAAAGCAAGCCCAGCAACAGUGGUACAAGACACAAAACUCUUACCCAGGAACCCGUUUGAAACAUUCAGACCUGCCAGUGACAUUCAGAUAAAAAACGGGUCUCUCUUGAACAGACCUAAAGCCGUCCUUCAGAAGCUAGCAGCAAUGUCAGAUCUUAAUCCAAAUGUGCCUCGAAAUUCAAGGAAUUUUGUCUUUCACACGCUUUCCCCAGACAAGAAUGAAGAAGCAAAGGAGAAAUCAAAACAUCAGGUGAAGAAAAGAGGUCCUACUGCUGUAAUAACAUCUCUGGCCAAAUGUCCCAGGAUUGACAGCACAGAGGACACAAGUCAAAGUCGAAGUAUAUUCCAAUACUUAGAGAGCUGAAAUUUUCUGUUUAGGGCCAGAAUUUAUUUCUCAUCUCUGUCAGUUGCAGUUUGAUUUGCAAAUCUCUGCCAGCAAUCAUCAGGAAGGUAAACAAAUUGCUGUACACUGUCCUUCCUGCUCCAGCUUUCUUCUCAAGUUCCAGUAAUUUCCAAGCAAUGGUCUAGUUUAUUUCCCUUGUUUUACUUAGUGCUCCGUGAUGAGAGUACAAAGACCAUGCUUGGUUUGGAAUGCUAACUUUGUCUCUCCCAAGCAUUAAGGAAAUUUACACUACUGUCUGCCAUGCUCAUAGAAUCUCACAUGUUUCAAUGGUAUCAGUUCCAUCUGAAAACAAUGUUCAUGUGAUAGAUACAACUCAGAGAUGCUGUGGUUAGCUUAAAGCACAGAUGAAAGAUGUAUUCCUGCAGGUUUAGGUACAAGGAAAGCAGUAUUAACUAUGGCAGGAUGUAUGUUGUUUACAUUUGCAGUACUGAGGUAGCUGUGGCUCCCUUCAGUGUCUUCUUUAACAUUAAGCAUUUAUUAGCUUCAUAACUUCAGAAGCUCUGAUGUACAUUUGUAAUAUAUGUUUUUAAAAAGUCCACAGUCUUUUAUGAGGCAGUAUGAUGAGGAUUUCUUUCCCUUUUUCCUUUUUGUUUUUAAAAUUUGUAUUCAUACACAUGCACAUGAAUGUGUGAGUGGAGAGGGAAGAAUGUGAGUAACAGAUACAGGAGAGGAAAAGGAUGUGUGCGGGUUGCUUUUUUUGUUUGGUUUGCCCAAGUGAAAACUCUAGUAAAUUAUCUGCCCCCUUGUUUUCAUGGAAGCUGUGCUUAUCCAUGACAAAUCAUCUACUUCUGAACAGCGAGAAAUGGAAGGCCUUCUGUAGAAUGAGGAAAGUAGGUAAUAAAGAAUCACUAUUCACAGCUAUUCUAAAUAGCGUGAAAGAAACUUGAGACGCAAUAUACAGCAUUUCUGACCUUUCUGAUUAUAUGUUGAAUGUGUUUAAAAUAGACACUGUUAUGGUAGUGCAAUUAAACAUCUUUCUAAAACUUGAUGUCAUGUACUUAGGUUGCCCACUCCGUCAGAGAAGAAUUGUGAACUGUAAAUUUUGUAACGCUGUAAGCAUAUGCCUGGUGUGCUACAUGUAAAAUAUUUUACUGUAUAUUAUGUUUAUAAAGAAUUAUGGUACCAGUUGGAGUGCAAUUUUACAAUAAAACAUGUUUUUAAUUUUGGA